GUGUGUGUGUGUGUGUGUGUGUGUGUGUAUAUAUAUAUCUGUAUGGCUUUGCUAACUGAUGGUCAAUGGGAAAUAUAAAAUAUUGAUUAUAAGUAACUGAAAGAUGCACACAUCAUGGAAGAGAUGUGUAUCUUUCUUUAGAGAAAGCCUGAGGCAUGUAACUAGGAAUGCUGUGAUGAAACUGAGCAGAACAAAUUUUGAGUGACUCCUAUAUAAAAUAUACAGUAUAUUAGUCAUUUCAAAUUCAAAAGGGUACAGUAGGGACCAAUUUAUGCUAGUAUGGGGUGGACAAGAGGACUUAGAUCUUCUGUCUCUAAAAUUACUGGUGGUUUUUCCUACAUUUUGGUGAAAAAAAAAUUGUUUUUUUUCCCUAAGGGAGGAGAAUCUAGACACUAGCUUAAGACUAAAACAUUCCUCUUCAAGUUGGCAGAGAUUCCAAAACCAAUGUUCCUUCUCUAGUGCUUUCUUUGUCUACUUGUGAUGGUGCGCUACAUCCUGUUGGGUUUUGGCUAUUUGCUUUACAAAUUCUUUGCUUAGCUGGUCAAGUGAAAUUUUAGUGGCCCCAAAUUGCUGUGCAUUCUCCAGUAUUUGUGCUAUAUGCUCUAAGAUUUGCAGUGACCUAUGGAAUUGAUGAAGCCUCCAUAAACCACCACUUUUUUUUUUUACUGUGUAACAAUGUUGUCUUUAGAACAACACAAUCUUUAUUUUGUUCACUAUUGACUUAAGAAAAUAGUAUUAGUAAUGUACACUAGUACUUUAAAUGGAAAGCAGGUACUUCUGGUUGUAUUUAACCUAUUGUAUGGCACAGAGUUCAAGAUAGUAAGAACAACCCCAUGAACUUUAAAUAAUUGUCUUAAAAGUUGGUGAGGAAGAGAGAGUUCUGGAAGAAGGGGCGUCUGAUGCUCUAGUCUUGUUGAUAUUAGGAGCAUCAUUUCAGAUGUGCAGUGGUGCAGAAACUGAAUCUCCCAAAUAAGGAUUGAGGUGAUGCUCCUAACCUCCGCAGGAAUUGAAACAUCACCAUCCAUCUGUCCCUGCCAUAUUUCACUCCUAACCAGGUGUUCUCAUUCCAAACCUCAAUCCCCUCUUUUCUGUCAAUCACACUAAUGAAACUCCCUUCUUCCACUGCCCCUAAAAAACACAGCCCUGAAGCUCUACUUCUGCAGUGCUUAUAAACACCCCAUGAACAGAACUUUACCCCCUGCUACUUAUAUUUAAUUGUCUGAACACAUUUAACCCUUGUUAUCUGAAAAAGUUAUAACCCUAGCUAAUACUUUGGAUCUGGGUUUUUUUCUAUUACUUAUAUCCUAGAGGGGGCCACGGGUUAAAAAAAUAUUUAGAUAAAGCAGUGUAACUCACCUGCCACAUUGUGUUCUUCCUAAUGCAAUUAUUUCAUAACCUGAAAAAGGUCUUUUAUGACCAGUUUCUUCUUUCUUCAUCUUGCAGUGAAAUCAUAAACUCAUUUUGUAACAGUCUGCAUAUAGAAAUUAUUUUUACAAUUGAACCACUUUUAUUUCACUGCAGAAAUAACUAUGAAGAGAAAAUGGGUUUGCCCCUGUUCAGAGUUAUGUUUAAACAUACAUAAUGCUAGUAUUGAUAAUUAGCAAACUAGCAAAAAAUUGAUAAAUGAGUUAAUUCACUCCUACUCUGAAAAUUGACACCUUUUUAGGCUGUGUGUACAUUACCAAUUUUUGCCAUAUUUGAAUAUGGUUGAAUAGAAUGGAGUUAGAUGACAUGAUGCUGACCACUUUAGACUGUAUUCACUAGGAGAAAGUGUUUUUUAACAUUUGGUGGAAUUUUACUGUAGAGAAGGCAAGUUGUACUUUUAACAUCCAUUAUAUAGUGGAGAUAAAGUCUAGAAGGUAGACUAGAAUUUACUUGAAUGAACUCAUACAAGAACACCUUGUAUUCAUAAUCUGGAAGUGGCCUCAGUGGUCAGCAUAGAUUAGUAUGAAUCAUGAUAAGCACGUGGCUCAGUCUGAUUAAGCCCAGAUCCAGAUUGCAUACACAGUGGAACCAAGAAUCCUAGGUGCUUGCUUUACUGAUAAAAUUAGGGUUUUUUUAAAUCCCUGUUACCACUGCAGUCAGUAUAACAGGAGAAUGAGCUGGAUUCCAUUUUGGUUCAGCAAAACUAGUUAUCUUAAUUCUAAUGGUAGAAUACUUAUCAGUGAGCCAGAAAAAAAGACUGUUUGACUUUGAGAUUGUUUAAUUUUAAAAAAAUUAUAUAUAAAGAACAUGUAAUCUGGAAGUUCGAGAGACACACACAUAGGACAUUACCUUGUCAUUUUCCCCCAUAAAGUCACUUUUCAGAACAGAGUCACACCUCAAAUUUGGUUCUGAGUAUGAUUUUUUAUUAUAUGUAAAGUUGAAUGUUUUCUGCAUUAUGUGACACAGUGUUUGGGGGAUUUUAUACUGCCAUUAUAAAAGGAAGGAACUCACUGUGAUCCUCUCUUUAAGGCCUUUUUAAAUGUUUUUCCCGCCCCCAGUAAUGCAUGCGGAGUGUACCUGGUCAUCCAACUCUUACAUGCAGCACUUAUCCUUUUGGAGAAAAACUAGAGCAUCCUGCUGCUCAAUUAAAUGUCAGCCCUGAAACACUGCAAGAAAAAACACAUCUACACAUUGGAAAUUAAACAAAAGGGGGAGGGGGGAAGGGGUAGAAAAUUACACAAUUUUGCUAAAAGUUACUCACUCCAUGCAACUAUUUAUAGAAAACAAGGGCAAAAGAAAGUUAAGGGAAAUGUUACCAAAUGUGCUAUGUUCUGUGAGGCACAAGGUUUACAUUUUAAGAUUUGUACAGUUUUGAUAUUUCUUGUGUUGUACGAGUAUGCAGACAAUAUGAGCAUAAUAAAGUAGUAGUACUUGUGGAAUCUUCAUUAUAGUAAGCUUAUUCUAACAUUAUAUAAAUCUAACUUCAAGUGUGUUUGCUGUCUUUUGUCUGAACCCUCAUUAGAACAAGACAGACAAGGCACAGUUCAUUCCUUCAAAUGUAUUUGUACAGAACUAAAAAAAUUCUUAGUAUGGAUGUCUUAAUGUCAGCUCAUGAGUCAUACUCUGAUGAUUGUAAUUAUAUAAUGAAUUAAAGCAAAGAACUGCAGAAUGUACUGUAAAAUGCAAUUGAUGAAUGAUAGGGCAAGCUAAAAAAACUAAAUGUAUUAAAAGACAGUAAUUCGUAUGGUGCUAUUACAAUAGGGUAUUGUUAGAAGUAGUGUGACAUUUGCCCUGUGCCAGCUGUGGCUUCCAGUGUGGUAGGUGCUGUAUGAACACUGAGUGGCAGUCCCUACCCUAAUGUUUAUAUUCUGUAAAUCCUGUAAUGUAAUCCUGAAGAAUUAAAUGAGUUUUAAAUAGCAGAAAUCUGGUAAAACUAAGAAAAAUUGAGUCCUGGGAAUGUUUGAAUUGUUUAUGCAGCAUUGUUUGGUCAGGUGCAACUUAGCGGGGUCUGCAAGUCUCACAAAGGAGCUGGGGGUAGCGGGAGGGAUGAUCAUGGCUUUGGAGGAGUGUUUCAAAGCCAAGGCGACAAUGUGUAAACUCUACCCCACUACAGGGGUGGUCGAUAACUACUUACAUCAAAUAAAAUAAACGCUCCUGUAUGGCAGAAGAGGGAAAGUGCGGCUGGCACUGAGUGGCACAGCUGAAACUUUGCCCCUUGGCCAUGGAAGUGGGACGCCUGUUCCUCCUCUUACAUGGGUUGGUAGAUUAAUGUGCAUUUCAUGUGGAAGUGAGAGCUUUCUAGGGCUGGGCCCAGGGCCGGGGCAGCCCGCCCGCUUGAGACCAGGGCUAGGGGAAACCAGGUGCGUAUCGCAAGCCAAAAGCACCCGCCGGCUGCUGUCGGCGCCCAGGAGCAGUCUUCCUGUCAGCAGCAGAUGCUGGAGAGCCGAGGGCCGGCGGGGCGAGGUGGAGCCGCGGCCGGUGAGUCUCGCUGGCGGCUGGGGCACGCGGGCUUCGCUCAGGCGUACCUGGGCGGCCAGGUAAAGCUGGGGCGGGGCCGGCGCGCACGCGCAGUACAGGCGCCAGCCCCCAGCGCUCACCUGGACGCAGCAGCGGCUCCGCUGGCUGGAGAGGCGCGCUGAGGAGAGCCCGGCCGCCUGAUCCGCGUCUUCCCGCCACACGAGGUGUUUCCGUUUCAAGAAACGUUAUUGAGACCAGUUUGAUGCUAAAGAACAUCUUUAUCAGAAGUUUUUAUAGAUGUGAUAAACUUUUAAUACCAGAAUGGCUCACAUAAGAAUACUAAGACGAUCGUUUAAGAAACUGUUUUCCCACUGGAAGCUUUGGAAGUUUAGCAUUGUUGUUUUUGUUUUUCUAGUAUUUUUGUUUUUGUUACAAAGAGAAGUAGGUGUUCAAGACGCUAAACAUGAACCAGGGAUUGAACCAAUUGUGGGAAAGAGAAGUGAUGUACUAGGUUUCAUGUUAAAUGCUGUGAACAAUAUUAAAGGUGCAAAGCCAAAAAUGCAAAUAAAAGCACCUGUUAGGCAAACCAAUAUUCCUGGAGAGAGACACUGUUUGCCAGGACAUUAUACGCUAGCAGAACUGAAACCUUUCUUAGAGCGACCUCCUCAGGACCCCAAUGCCCCUGGAGCUUCUGGUAAAGCAUUCAAAGCUAUCAAUUUAAGCCCAGAAGAGGAGAAGGAGAAGGCGCGUGGGGAUGAAAAACACUGUUUUAAUGCUUUUGCAAGUGACAGAAUUUCUUUGCACCGAGAUCUUGGACCAGACACUCGACCUCCUGAAUGUAUUGAGCAAAAAUUUAAACGUUGCCCGCCACUGCCUACUACAAGUAUCAUAAUAGUUUUUCACAAUGAAGCAUGGUCUACUCUGCUAAGAACUGUUCACAGUGUGAUGUAUACUUCUCCUGCCAUACUCCUAAAAGAAGUUAUUUUGGUGGAUGAUGCCAGUGUAGAUGAAUACUUGCAUGAUAAACUAGAUGAAUACGUGAAACAGUUUCAAAUAGUUAAGGUAGUCCGACAAAAGGAAAGAAAAGGUCUAAUCACUGCAAGAUUAUUAGGAGCUUCAGUAGCAACAGGAGAGACGCUCACUUUUUUGGAUGCACAUUGUGAAUGUUUUUAUGGCUGGUUAGAGCCAUUGUUGGCACGAAUAGCGGAGAACUACACUGCUGUUGUAAGCCCUGAUAUUGCAUCCAUAGAUCUUAAUACUUUUGAAUUCAGCAAGCCUUCUCCUUAUGGACAUAACCAUAACAGAGGAAAUUUUGACUGGAGUUUAUCAUUUGGAUGGGAAUCUCUUCCUGAACAUGAAAAUAAAAGAAGAAAAGAUGAAACCUAUCCAAUUAGAACACCUACUUUUGCUGGAGGUCUUUUUUCAAUAUCGAAAGACUAUUUUGAAUAUAUUGGAAGCUAUGAUGAAGAAAUGGAAAUAUGGGGAGGUGAAAAUAUAGAAAUGUCUUUCAGAGUAUGGCAAUGUGGUGGACAAUUGGAGAUCAUGCCUUGCUCUGUUGUUGGCCAUGUCUUUCGCAGCAAGAGCCCCCAUACUUUUCCAAAAGGCACUCAAGUGAUCACACGUAAUCAAGUUCGCCUUGCAGAAGUCUGGAUGGAUGAAUAUAAAGAAAUAUUUUACCGGAGAAACAUAGAAGCAGCAAAAAUUGUGAAACAAAGCACAUUUGGAGAUAUCUCAAAACGACUUGAUUUAAGGCAGCGGCUACAGUGCAAAAAUUUUACUUGGUAUCUAAAUAAUGUUUAUCCUGAGGCAUAUGUACCAGACCUGAAUCCUCCAUUAUCUGGAUUUUUAAAAAAUGUAGGUAGACGUCUAUGUCUAGAUGCUGGCGAAAAUAACCACGGUGGCAAACCAUUAAUUAUGUAUACCUGUCAUGGACUUGGGGGAAACCAGUACUUUGAAUACUCUGAACACUCUGAGAUUCGACAUAACAUUCAGAAGGAGCUCUGCCUGUAUGCUUCUCAAGGACCAGUGCAGCUUCGGGUCUGUAACUACAAAGGUCAAAAAACUUUCACCCCUGGAGAAGAGAAGUGGGAACUUCGAAAGGAUCAACUGUUGUAUAAUGCAGCAUUAAAUAUGUGCCUAACGGGAAACGGAGAACAUCCAAGUCUGGUAUCAUGUAAUCCAUCAGAUCUAUUCCAAAAAUGGGUUUUUGGCCAAAACAAUUAAGUACAGCUACUUAUAAAUAGGAAAUAUUUUGUUAAAAGGAUACAUCUGCCUUGUGAAAAGGAUAUAUCCACUUUAAAACUGUGACCAUAUAUGCACACUUCAUUUUUUAAAAUGAUACAAAGCUAGCUAAUGUAAAAUAUUCCAAGAGCAAUUUUCUUAUUUAAAAAAAUAUAAAAUUGCACAGUUGCAAAGAUCCCUUAAGCGUCUGUGUAGAAAAUACCAAAGAAUAUUUUGAGGUCUCCACAGGUAGGAAAAAUGUUUACAAUAUGUUGGAAAUGUAAUUUCCACAAUAAGCUUAGCUUUUUAUAUAUGUUAACCACUGAUUUUACAGAUAUUGUAAUCUCCUCUAUUUUGGGAUAAAGUGUAGGGUUUUAUAUAUUCUCAUUUUGUAAUGACUGCAGAAAAACUGGUCAAUGAAGGUUAGGAGGUGGAUCUUCGUACAGUGUCUGGAAACUAUUGUGCCUUUAUAAGUGGUAAUACUGUUUUAGCACUCAGGUGUUUGACUUUUCUGCUGACAGUUUCACUUAAAGAAAAGUAAAUGAGAAAGGAAAAAUUUUAAAACAUUCUUAGCACUUCUCUCUCCAAUUUUACACACUUAAAACAAUAUUUGGACCCGGAGAUAAAGCCAAUGGGAAACCUUAACCCACUCAAUUUCUAGCACAUCAAUCUUUGCUGAAUGCAAGAAAAAAAUCCUUCAGAAUUUUUAUUAAAGUAUGUAAUUCAUAUAUUCUUUAAAUGGAAAAUAUGUAUUGUCCUGGUAUUAAUCUGAUAUGCUUUUUUUAAAUUUGAAUCCAAUACACAUUACCAUUUGUCACAGAUUUCCUAAACUGAAGAUUUUUUUGUACUUGUCGGUUUUCAGAAAUUGCAGAACAUAAACCUACUAUUUGUUGCUAGCACUCUGUUCAUUACUGUUCUUUUAUUCUGUCAAUAAAUGUUACUGUUUUGUCUGCCUGUCUUAGUGAUUCAUGUAGUGUAUACUGUAUGGGUUUCUAAUGCAUAUAUGCAAUUCCUUUUAUGUUUUUCCCUUGAGUGUCUGAUUUCUGGUUUUAAUCAUUCAGAAGGAGAGUCCAACUGCAUUACAGAAUUUUAUAAUGAAAUAUUGCCUUUUAAUAGAAAAUAAAUAUGCAAAUAUAGUUUGGUGAUACUCUG